CCCUCAGAUCACAGACAACCUCGCAUCAACGCCUCAAAGCACACGAAACAUCGUAUCUAUUCCAUCUUCAUCCAUCCCUGCCAUCUUGAGUUUGCUAUCUUCCUUGAUACCUUCUCAUCUCAGACGUUCAACAUCUUCGCAUCAUUCUCCCCAACCGUUAGAUAGACCCUUUUGCAAUGGCUACUACUAUCCCUGUCCCCAUGAAUGGGUGCGAACACGCCUACGCUAGCCAGACUCUGACGACCUCCGGGCUCGAUACAUGUAUCGGCGUUGUCGCGUAUGGGCUCCCGGCAGCCCCAGGAGGCAUCAACAAGGUCAUGGCACACUGUGCGACUGGCCGUGCCGCUGCGGUCAUUGGUGGCAGCUUUCUCACAAAGGUGCGGAACUCGCGUAUGCAGGUCGUGGGCAUCUGCAUGAGCGUCCCGAGCGUGGACCGCAAUGACAACGGUCCCGGGAGAAUCGACGACAACGUCAUCAGACAAAGCCUUGCCACAUCGAGGAACAUUCACCCAAGUCAAGUCACGCAGCAGAUGAUCAACACAUUCAGGACUGGGCUCCGCAAUGCCUUGGCACAAGCCGAGCAGGACGCCAGGACUUACUGCAUGCAACUCGGCGUCUCAAUCCAGACUUUCCGUCGGAACAACGCUCACGUCCGUGACCCACCCCCGUACGGCACGAUGGUGGCCACCAGGAGCCCACGCGGCGAAGUCCGCGCCGAUACCAGCAAGAUGGCUGACAUCCCGGAUCCCGUGGCGCAGCCUGCCGCUCCCGCCGCCGGCAGGGGCGCCUCGUCGUCUGGACCUGGGCGAGGCGGCUACUCUGCCUCGUCUUCCAGGCCCAGCGGCGCCAGCAGCGGUGCUAUGACGUCCGGCAGCGCUGGCAAGAACCUUCGUGGUGCUACUAGGAAGCCGUGAAUGUUACCUAGGGAGUAUGUUACGAAGCAAGAGGGGGGGGGAGAUGGGGAGAGGAAGUGAGGUUGCUUAGGUACCGUACACGGCGCUGGACUCGCUGUGGGGAGAGGGGAUGAAGACUACAAGCUCCUGCCGGUCAGGGGUCGGCUUUGGUCGAGGUGUUAGGCGUUUGGCGUUUGGCGUUGGAUGCUAGUAUCGAUGCACUAGCGGGUUCUAGAGCAUCUGUCGUUGCCUUUUAGCUUUGAUUAGGUCAGGUACCUAUUCAAAUCGCAGUUCUACCCACUGCAUGUUCAAACGAAAAGAA